AUGCCGUGCAUCACGGCUGGAGUGCCCUUUUGCAAGGACUCUGCUGAGGCCGAGGCAGCUGAGAUGCUGCAGGAGCUGCUGAUGAAGGAUGUAGUGCGGCAGCAGCAGAUCAAGAAGACCAGGGUGUCCCUUCCGAGCUGGGAGCCUGUGCUAGAGGCAGAGCCGGAGAGACCCGCAAGCCAGGGGCCACAGCUCCCCUCGGCGGCGGUGGGGCGCAUUUCGCCGAAGUCGCCAUCGUCGCCCAUGCUGCCCCCGAAGCUCGAGGAGGUCUUUGCCAACAGUCCAACUUUGUCGCCGGAGCAUCACAUUGAGCCGGAAGCAGAGAUCCUUCAGGGCUUCUUGGAUGAGACGAGAUCCCGCGAGGUCUUCCGGAACUUACAAGACGGCGGCGAGAUCGCUCGCCAAGACCUCAUCGCGGCACUGAAGAUGAUGGGCCACGAGGUCAUCAACAACGAGUGGGUCAAUGCCAUCGUGAAGGAUAAGUUCUCGGACAGGAAUUUCCUCGAUGCGUACGACUUCAGCAAGUUCCUACAGGAGUACGAAGCUUGCCACAUGAACUACGUGCGUAUGAAGUUUGCGGAGGCGGACACGGACGGCUCCGGCCGCGUGGACGCUGCGGAGCUGGCGGAAGUGCUGCGGCGCGCUGGGCUGACGCCUGUGACAGGCGUGGUGGAGUCGCUGAUUGCAGAGCUGUGCGGCCGCGCCAAAGAGGUGACCUUCUCCAACUUCGCGAAGAUCCUAGGAGUGUUGCGUUACCGCCUGGGCUUUACGCUGCAGGAGUUCUCUGAGAUCCUCACGGCCUUUCGUCGCCAGGACCGCGAGCACCGGGAGGCCCUGAGCUUGCCGGAGGCCAGGGGCUGCCUGGACUGGCUGGGCUUCGAUGUGUCAGAGGACGACCUCCAGCAGUGCAGCGCGGAGGCCCUGCAGGCCAACAGCAGGAAAAUUGCGGAGAACGAGGAGGUCCUGCUGAAGGAGUUCGACGUGGUGCGCUUGGUCCGGGUGGUCCGAGAGUACGAAGGCAAUAUUGUGGCUGCUCGCUUGAGGGAGAUGGCAGGCACCGACAGCCAGGAGCCAAAGAUCUGCGCUGCGACGGAGCUGCCGCAGCUGCUCUCGGAUUUGAAAGUGACUUUGGCCUCGCCAGACGUGGUGAUGGAGGCGAUGCAGGCCUUGGGCAUUGACAAGCAGCAGCUGACCAUUGAAGAUGUCAUGCCUGUGAUGUGGCAAAUCCGGAGGUGUCAGGGCCUGUCACAGGCGGAGCUUGAGCUGGCGAAGCGACAGUUUGAGAUCUGCGACGAGGACAACUCCGGAGGCAUGGCUUGCUGCGAGCUGGAGUUCGCCAUCCGAUCUUUGGGAUAUCCUGUGACCUACGAGGAGGUGCAGGAGCAGCUCGACGAGUGGGACAUGGACGAGUCGGGGGAAAUCGAGUUCCCGGAGUUCUUGAAGAUCAUCUCCUUCCACAAGCGUAAGGAGCUGCAGAGGGUCCUGCAAGCCAUGUUCUCCGGGGAGCUCCAGGAGAAAGCUCCUCGGGUGAGGCGCCUCUCCAAGGCGCACCAGCUCAACCGCAAACAGGCGGAGUUGCCCGCCGUGCUGCUGAGCUCCGGGCACUGCCCACUGCGCGAGGAUAGCGCGGUGCUCAAAGACUGCGGCGUUGAGAGCCCUGGCUCGGAGACAGAGCUGAAUCUCUGGGGCUUUGCUCAGCUCAUCGCCGAGUAUCGACGGGAGACCAACGAAGAGGUGCGGCAGCAGCAAGGCUUCAUGGCCGAGGAGCUGGAACAGCUGAAGCAGAUUUUCCGCAGCUACGACCCCCAAGAGCGGGGUGUCAUUGAAAAGUCUCAGCUGCGGCGGCUGCUGCUGCAACAGUGCCCCCAAGCCGAGCAAACCCAGGCUGGCCGAGAGCAAAUUGCGCAGAUCGUGAAGGCAAGUGAUGCGGACCACUCUGGGACUAUUGACUUCCAGGAGUUCAUCCUGCUCAUGCGCUUGGUGAGCAACCGCUGCAGCCGGGAGAAGCUUGUAAAGGAGCGAGCCGCUGUGAUGGACACCCGCUUCUCGGUGCGCGAGCUCAAGGAGUUCCGGAGCGUCUUCAAGGCGUUCGGCGCGCAGGGGGGAGAGCUGGCCUACCCGGAGCUGCAGAAGAUGCUAGCCACCAUCAUGCGGGCGGCGGAGGGGGACCGGGGCAGCCGCGAGUUGCAGCAGAUCGUCCAGCAGUACGACUCCAACCAGGACGGCUCUGUGGACUUCCCAGAGUUCCUCCGCGUCAUGCGUCACCUGCUGACCAGCAACUGGGAGAACAUCAACAUGCAUGCUGAGGUUGCGGCAACUGCUCCUCCUCCUCCUCCUCCAGAAGAUGAUGAGCACGGAACAACCUGACCGGCAUGCGGAUGAUAAAAUGCAUGACGUAAAUCUGAUUGCCGCACAAACCAGCA